UAGUUUAAAGUAAUCCUAAUUAAUUAAUUCUAUUAAUUUAAAAAGUAUUUUUUCUGAAACACAACAGUAGAAUAUAAUGUUACAAAGUCUUGAUUUAUUGAUUGACUUACAAAGUCUUGAUUUAUUUUAUAUUUCAUCGAAAUAUUUAUCGAUUUGCUAUAUUCAAAAAAUAAUAUUUAAAUAUGAAUAUAAAAUUAUACGUAAUAUUUUCGUUCUCAUUUAUGUAAACACAUUGAGCAGUCUGUCACAAAGUGAACAAGUUUAUGUAUACAUCUCCGCAAUAGUUUGUUUUCUGUGAUUAUUAGUCAUAAAGGCAGUGUCAAGUGAGACUCCAAACAUUACAGUCGACUUUGUAGGCAAGAAGGCUGCUACUAAAGCAUGUCUUUUAAGGAUUUAAUAGUAAAACGUGUCGAGGGUGAACUAGCGACUGCAUUAUUAAAAUUCUUUCCACUUCACAAACGUGGCUUUGUUAAAGUCGGUCAGAAAAAAUGGUUCCUGCCGUAUAGGUAUGUUGAAGAUGGCGAUAAGAUAUAUAAUUUUGAAGUUCGUGCAGAUGAUACAUGGAUUGUUACCUAUCCUAGAUCAGGUACAACGAUGACACAGGAACUUAUAUGGCUGGUGGCAAACAAUAUGAAUUUUAAUGAAGCACAUCAGAGAUAUUUAUUGGAGAGAUUUCCCUUUGUAGAAAUAGGAGCAAUAUUAGAUGACCACAUGGUACCACAAUACAUUCCUGACAGGAUUAAUACAAAAAAACAUAGUUUCAAAUUUGUACAAGAUCAGCUUUCGCCGCGUUUCAUUAAAAGUCACUUGCCAUUCGAGUUGUUACCGACAGUUGUAAAUAGCACUUGCAAGGUAUAUUUUGAAUAUUUUAUUAUCUAUGUUGCAAGAAAUCCAAAGGAUGUAGCAGUCUCAUAUUACAUUUUCCAUAAACAUUUCAUGGAUUUUCAAGGAACUUUCGAACAAUUUUGUAAUAAUUUUAUGAAUAACAAUGUAUUAUGGAGCCCAUAUUGGGAACAUGUGAAGGAAGCUUGGAAAAUGAGACACAGAGCAAAUAUGAUGUUUAUCUUCUAUGAAGAUCUGAUAAAGAAUUUACCGAGGAACAUAAAAGAAAUUGCUGCAUUCUUUGAUAAAACUUACAAUGAUGAACAAAUCAAUAAGUUAGUGGAGCAUUUGAAAAUAGAGAAUUUCCGCAAGAAUCCUAUGGUCAAUCAUCCAAGUCCGGACAAAACGAUGAAACCGGAUAUGUUUAUUCGGCAAGGAAAGACGGAUAGUUGGAAAGAAAUAUUAGCACCAGAGAUCGAGGACAGAUUUAAUAAAUGGAUUACCGACAAUUUAAAGGACACGGAUUUAACUUUUCCAAAUUUAGUUGAACAAUACAAGCAAUUGUAGUUACAAUUUAUAAAUGUUUUGUUUUAACUAUAUUUUAAAGAAGUAGGCUUAUUUACUGAUAUAAAGAGAGAUUUAACGAAUAGAUCGUUAGCAAUUUAAAGGAUACGGAUUUAGCUUUUCAAAGUUAGAUUUGUAGAAUAAUAUAAGCAGUUGUAAUUGUAAUUUAUAAAUGUUUUGUUUAAUUAUGUUUUAAAUAAGCAGGCCUACUUAUAAUAAAUAAACUCUUACACAAACGACUUUUAUUAUUACAGUUUUUAUCUUCUAAUAGAUAACUUAAAUCAUGCAGAAAAAUGUUUUUACCUGUUUUUUUACACGUUUCAUCAUUUUUAUCUUUAUUAUCAUAUUUUUAUCUUUAUUAUCAUAUUGACAUGUACGUUAUCUUACGGUAACUCUCGCAAAAUCUGUUUAUGUACAAUAUAAAUAAAUUUUCGGCUUGCCUAAUGUGUUUAAUUAAAAAAGCUAAUUUUCGGUUAAAUUAAAUCAGUCCGCAGGUUAAACAGAUUUCUGCUGGCUAUCGAAUCGAGAGUUUUAUUCACGAAAUCAUUAUUAUCGCAAAAUUUAUCGAAUUAUUUAAUAGCGAUUGUAGAAAUUAGUUCCGAAUCACGGAUAAUAAAGAUUGGUUUUGAAACAUCAUAUAGAAGCCAAAAUAUCUUACGUUUGGGAAGAGAUUACAUAAUUUUAGUAGAAGAUCCGAAUGGCUUAUACAGCAAAAAAUAAAAGGUGCCAUGUUGCCCAACAAUGGAAUAGGUUGCACAUGCGGAAUAUUCAGCCGUUCAAAGUAAAUUAAUUUGUGAAGCACAAAAUAAUAUAAAUAAAUACUUGCUGUCAAAAUAAUUAAAAGUAAAGUAGACGUCUCCAUCGUGACAGAAAUCUCCAGAUUAGUGAUUAUAUGAGCAGAAAACGUUUCUAUGAGAUUUUUAGCUGUUAAUAGUUUUUGUUUCAGAUUGAUAAAUUAAUUUCCACAUUUGUUAGAGUAGUAUCAGUUAGGUUAGUCUCCAUAGGAAUACAUGGGUCUGGUGUACAGGCUAGACUACUUUUUUGUGUGGCUGUGUUAUUAAUAUUCUCAAAGUACCUACUUAAUUUUUUAUUACAAACUAAAUCCUAAUUAUUUAAAUCAUCUAAAUCAUAAUUAUUCUUACAAUUAGCGUCAUUUGUCCAUCGCCGGACCUUGCGACCUCCCACUACUCCGCGCCGGGCCGUGUCCACCGUCGCGUCGUGACUCGUGCGCCCACGACAAAACACGUGCUUUCCCGGUGUUUUGCACGGUAUUUUUGUGUGCAUAUCACGUGAAACGUUUGUAUACGUUUAUGCGGAUGUUUAUAUUUUGCAUACGACACAAGCGAAUAAAUUUAGCAUGUAGAUUAUAUAUAUUAAUAUGCAAGUAUUAAGUCAAAAUUAUUUUUUUUGUACUAUUUUUGAUACUGAUUGAACUGAUUAAUCUUUGUGCAAACGCCACCUCGACUAUGAUAUUUUUUAAAUAUAAUUGUGCAAUUUAAUAAGGAAAACUAUUUGUUUAAUUUAUCAAGAGAUAUAGAUAAAAAUAAAGUCUAAAUUUUAUAGAUAAUAUUAUCUAAUGAAGAAUGGCACGAUAAAAUUGAGAAACAUUCUUCGAAAUUUUUUUUUAAUUUUAAUGUUUCCAAAAAA